AUGUUCAAACGGCAAGCACAUACCCCCACCUCCUCGGCAUCCAUAGCCCAGGCGGGGAUGGUCCGGUCGACAAAGGACUGGAGCAAAACCACUACUUCAAAGCCGCUAGAAUAUGGCUUAGCAUCCAAAGGGGACACAAGGUUGGCCGACUAUUCGAACCAAGAAUCCUUCUUCCAUACUAUCCAAACCCGUUAUUUGACCCAUAUCGGUUCCUUCCCAUCAGUGCCUGCUCUAGAUGAGCAGCUAGCCGCUCUGUCCAUAGCUUCGAAUAAUACCUACACGCCUCCUUCAUCCACAUCUACAUCCCAAGCCUCAACUCCAAAACCCGAUCUAACAACUCUUCAAAACAUUCUUAUGGAUAUGCGUAAACUCAGAGAAGGUUUAUUAGCCUCAAACCGUCAAGACGAUUUCGCAAAAUCCGCAUAUCUGUUUAUCGUCCGUGCUGCGAUUCUAAUGUCACACCCAGAAUCGUAUUUCCCAUCAAUCCGACAUCUUCUAUACGUUCUUCAUAAACAAAACCCACUGUCGAACCCGGAGAUUAAUGAAUUAGCUGGGUACUUGAUGCUCCACCUUGCUUGUUCGACAAAUUCGUACCAUGAUGCAUACGAAGUUAGAAAGACUUUUAGGGUUAGAGAUCAUAGAGUUGAUAUGGCGAUUAAGGCGUUGGUUGCGGGGGAUUAUUGGCUGUUCUGGAGUACGAAAAAGUCGGUAGAUGGGUAUAAGAGUAAAAUUAUGGACCGAGCGGUUAAGGACGUCAGGAAACAUGCGCUGAAAUGUGUAGGUAGUGCAUACCAUACGGUUGAUAUCGAGUUUUUGGAGGGAUGCACGGGUAGGGAAUGGGAAGUUCUUAAAGAGGAGUUUACAAUUGCCUGGGAGGAGGACGCUGGCAAAAUAGUCAUCAGAAAGAGGCCCGAUGCGAAGGGCAAGACUUUGAGUGUCAGGAAGGAAGAGAAGAGAGAAGUUAAGAAGGAAAUGACCGAACCAUUCGCCAAACCGAAGGCGGAGCCAACGCCAAAACCGAAGGUUGAAGCCUCGACGGGCCUAGCAGCAAGUCGGUGGGCUACUCCAAAAAAUGAAAGCUCUCAGCAAAAAGACAGUUGGACGCAAUGGGGAUGA